AUGCUCUUCUCCAAGACCCUCCUCGCCUUCACCGCCAUCCUCGGCGCCGCCCUCCAGGCCCACGCCCACGCCGCGGUCUCGCCCGUGCUCGGCGUGAGCGGCACGGCGGCGCGCUCGGACGUGCAGCGGCCCUCGAACCAGAAGCCGUGCGGCAAGAUGGACGUCGCGUCCGCGUUCGACUCCUCGGACGCCAUCCCGGUCGCCUCCGACGGCACCUUCACGGCCAUGAUCACCAACUUCAACAAGGGCGUCGACGGCUCGCGCCAGGUCGCGCAGGUGAUGGUGGACCCGACGGGCACGGGCGACAAGAGCAGCUUCGUCGCGGCGACGAUGGUCGCGAACGGCACCAAGUCCCCGAAGAGCGUGGACUCAGAGCAGCUCACCGUGCAGCUCCCCGCGGGGAUGUCGUGCUCCGGCACGGGCGGCAACAGUCCGCGGACGGUGCGGCGGCGGCUGGCGGCGGCUGGGCGGCGGCGGGCGUUCAGGUUCGCUCGGGUGGCGGUGGCUUGA